AUGGAUCAACUAACUGAUGAUCAGGUAGACAUUUUCUGCUCAAUGGGCGGGCAAAGGUUGGCGGAAUAUAAGCUCAGCUUCAAACAGCUCAACAGAAACGAGCGUGGCGUGAUAACCAUAAGGGAACUUGGCACCAUGAUCCGAUCUCUCGGUGAGAAUCCCUCGGAAAAGGAACUCGAGGAGAUUUUUAAAGCCUCCGAUUUGGACUGUAAUGGCGAGAUCGACUUCAGAGAGUUUUGUCUUGUAAUGGCGCGUUUUGAAAAUGAGGAGGAGCGCGAGAUGUGCGAGGUGUUUAAGAUGUUCGAUAGAGACGGCGACGGUUUUAUCACCCAAAACGAUCUGCUCCAGUUGCUAGAAAACACAAAAUUUAAGAGCGAAAAAAAAGUCGUUAGGCAAAUGCUCAGGACCGGUGAUUCGACUGGAGAUGGGCGUAUAAGUUUCACUGAGUUCCUAACCAUGAUCAAGAAGACUUUUGCCUACCCACCUAAACUUUGA